GAAUCAGUCGCUCUUCGUAGUUCGCUUCUCGUCAUAUGAUUUUGUGUUGACGCCGUUGCCUCCUUGCUCUGACGGCCUUUGACAUUUUUACGGCUCUCGGCGGUUCGUAGCAUCAGCGACGUUCGAAGUGUCGUGAAGCAGUGCGAAGAAAAAUGCUCAAGCCACGGGCGCUCACUCAAGUCUUGUCGCAGGCCAACACAAACGGCGUGCUGUGCACCUUGCUGCUGAACCGCGAGGGCACCCUCCUGGCCUACUCAGGUUAUGCAGACAAGGAUGCCAAGAUGACGGCAGCCAUCGCCAGCAGUAUUUGGCUCGCCAACGAAAAGAAUGCACAUGCUGCCAUCAGUGAGGGGCAGCUCCGGCUCGUCAUCGUCGAGUGCGAGCAGGACGGCCAGGUGGCCAUCACCCAGGUUGCCAACCUGCUUCUGUGCCUACAUGCCAAGACCAGCGUGGGACAAGGGCUGCUCAGGGCCAAGGCGCGCGCCCUCGUCGAGUACCUCGAAGGGCCCCUGCUCCAGGUUGCUGUCUCGUAGCCAAGAAGAGCCAUUCGGAGUCGUUGCCUGUCAGCACUGAAACAGGCCCCUUGUGUAGAGAACUUUUCACGUUGUGUGACUGUCGACUUUAGGUUGGUUGCCGUGGCGGCGGGACGGGAGUGUGCCGUUGUUUCGGAGUGUGAAGAUGGAAGACGAGAGAAUUUGUUCAGAAGGCAAAGAGAUAGCUGUGGGAGAAGAAGAGUGUAGUUCCAGUUGUUCAUCGCAAUUCAUUGUUUAGCGGUGCUAAAAGCAGAUGUAAUGCAGAGAAGUUGCAGACGGAGCAAACGCCCAUCCCGUGUGCAUCUUCUGCUGCAUCUCGUCUGUUUCUGCCACCAUUAAAUCGUGAGUUGCAAUGCCUCUAAAGUGUGGAUUCACAUGGCAGAUGAAACUGUUGAUUCAGAUCGCAGACGAGUGUGAAGUGGCUGAACUGCAACAAGUUGCACUGCUAGCAACUCUUGUGCGAACUGAAUAAACAAGUCUGUUCAUCAUGUGAAUCCAAGUCAGCCAUCUAGCCAAGCUCUGCUGCUUGAUUUCAGUGCUGAAACACGGGGAAUGGUAUGCCUUGAUGCUUUGCAUAAAUUCUGUCAUGGAACACAGCAGACGCCAGUCACUCAACUCCUUUACUUUUGCAUAAAAUUGUUUCUAUCUUUAUAUUGCGUGUGUGUGCUUGUGAGUAUAUCUGUUCCUGAAGGGAGUAAUAAUUCUCUUCUGAGCCAUAUCUCACUCAGCUUGGGGCGAUUCAAUGUUCCCAUAAAUGAAAUGAAAAUAUGUGGUCCCUAAAGGUUUGAGUUGACCCUCAGUUGACUAGAAGCUCUGCGUGAUCUUAUCUUGAUCACGUCAUGUUGAUUCGCGUUGUCAGCUGCAAAUUAUUCGUCCUGAGCGGAAGUGUUCUGAGAGAGAAAAGUUACAGGGGCUGUCUCAGUAGACAAAUGUGAAGCUAGAUUAUCGGUAGGUUGCUUCUGGAAUAUCAAAUAGAUCGGCCAUAUCUUGAGCUGAAGCUUGGUAAGCCAGAAACGACAUGAAGUAGAAAACAUGUGAAGACGCCAUCUGCUAAUUCUUACACCAGCCACCGCCCCCCUUCAUCACAUUGCAGCUUUCGAUAGCAUUUGCUUGGGCGUACUGAACUUUACUGAACAAUGAAGGUAGCAUUGUGUUUGGAAAUAGGGCAGACUCGACCUCCUAGUUUGAGGGAACAUUUAUUGCAUAAAAGCAACCUGAGAAGGCGAAAAUACAUACUGUGAAAUUUGUCGUGUCAUAGCGAGGCCAUGGGACUUGAUUUUGGGGCACAGUUCAAGAACAGAAGUGUCCUUACUUCCACUAAUAAUGAACCCCUUACAGUCGAACAAAAGUUACACCUUGAUAUAAUGAAGUGCCAUAGAUCCUUGUGUAGGAGCAACGAGUGUGGUGCAUCCUGCAGAAGGAAAUUUCCAUAAUUCAACCAUAUGACCAUUGGCGAUUUAAAUGCCUGUCUUCCUCUGCAACAUAGUUGAAAAUUUGUUACAUUUAAAUUCCAGGUAUAAAUACACUUUGUCAUUUGAGCUAAAAAUACAUGGCCUUCUAUGCACAAAAUGAUACAUUAUGUUGAGGAUUCUGUUACAUUAAAGUUUAAAUGUACAAUUUUCUGAGUGUUUUAGCAGUCUAAACUAAUCUAGUGUUUUGCCUUGGUAUUCCUGGAUAUAGAAGAUAGGCUAGCAGCAGGGCGGGGUUGUCCAAAAACCAAAACAAAGAGCAGGGCAUGAUUGUAGUCAAGCCCUUGUUACAACAAGACUACAUCUGACACAAAAACACCUUUGUUAUAUCCAAUAUUUGUUAUAAAGAUGUAAUAAUCACAGGUGGAUAUUAGCAAGAAACAGUUUAAAUUGACCUAAUUAUAUUCAGGUUGGACUGUACUCUUCUUGCAUGGAAACACUCAAGCAUACCCAAGUCCUUGCAAAUCAAAACACAAUGCUGACCGAUUGCUGCAACAUGCCACUUUCAAGCACAUUUUGCUCGACGCUGAUAUGCUCGCACACACUUCGGGCUUUGAUCGCGCUUGAAAAGUUCAGAUCGACUUCAGCAAGAAUCAAAACUGGCCAUGUGACAGGCACGUCGUUCUCGGUGGCAAGAUGUGAAGAAUAGUGUGCCUGUACUUUCAGAGACCUUUGUGUGUUGCCGUGUCUGCAACGUCCAUGCUUCAAGGCUUCUAUGUGCAUGUUACAACUUUUCUUUUUCCUAAAUGACACCCCUGUUGGGAAUGUUUAUAUCUAAACCAGAGACAAUGAAGCCGAAAAGCUUGCAAGCUUGUGGGCGCAUGUGGCUAUUCAGUCUUCCAGUGGGCUGGCACAUUUGUCUCACUCUUAGAAUGAAUGCAUAUUCGAAAAUAAUUUGUGAAAGCAAUUAGAAAUGAAAUGAAGGUGUGCAGGGAAUGAUUAAGUAAGAAAAACUUAGAACUGCGUGGAAAAUGCAGUAGCGCAGAACAGUGCCCUAUUUUUCGGUGUGUGUGUCAGAAACAUGAAAGUCGUGCGUUCCUGAAAAUGUAGUAGGUUUCUGAUCAGUCGCACACCGUUACUGCUGCCGGAUGAGCUCAGAAGAGGUCACUGUUCGAGGCAGAUAGAGAUAGUAGCCUUUUUGUACACUUAAUAAAUUUCAUGAUACAGGCUAGAGCUUUAUGCUAAGUAAAUUUUGUUUCAGCAUCUGGCCACACGACUGGUGUCAUCUGCAAUCCACUUAGCAGCUUUGUUCGGUCGAAGAGGUGGUUCAGUUGCUAAGCCUUUUUGACGAACCUGCUUUGCACGCAAUGAGGAAAGGUUUGCACAUUGUUUAUAAUGGUGUUUUGUGUUCAACCCUUCAAGCAUGAUGUUGCUUAAGUCCUCCAAAAUGCUGUGCCAGGUCCUAUGAAGUCCUUGCGAAUUCCUGAAUUUUUCGCACAAUAUGCUGCUACGAACCUGGAGUAACUACAACACCAGAUUUCCCAUCCGUAAUCACGGCAUAGAAUGUCUGAGGUGCCUUGAUGCGAUACUCAUGCUUUGGCAUUCCACACAAGUACGAAUGCCUAGUACCCUGUGGAUCGAGAGCGCAACCUUGCAAGUGUUUUUGCCUGAACACAAGACUGCUGCUGGAAUGCUGUCCAUCGGUGCUCCAAAGAUGGGAGCAACCUCAAAUUACUGCCACGGACAGGCACGCUUGCGAGGUUGCGUGUGGCUGCCAGUGAGUGUGUACAGGAAUGUUUUGUUGUAGCAAGAUGUUGCUCUUUGCAUGUUGGGAAUAAAGUUUACAUUGUCCUGA